AUGGCCGAAUACACCUUCGAAUAUUUUACUGUGAAGUUUCCAGCCGACCACCAAUAUGUGGCCCAUGUGGAGAUCAACAGGCCAGAUAGGCUGAAUUCCUUCGUCGAGGUGAUGUGGUUGAAUUUGGCCCAAAUCUUCAACAAGCUCUCCUCGGAUCCCUCGGUGAGGGCAAUCGUCCUUAGUGGAGCUGGAGAGAAGGCAUUCACCGCCGGCUUGGACGUCAAAGCAGCUUCUGAGGGGCUUCUGUCAUCGGAGACGAAGAAUGACCCUGCCCGUAAAGCCGCACUCCUCAGGCGUCAUAUUGCCGAGUUCCAGGACUGUAUUACCGCAGUUGAGCGUUGUGAGAAGCCAGUGGUAGUUGCCCUCCAUGGUUUCUCGUUGGGGCUUGCCAUCGACCUGGCCACCGCCACGGACGUGCGUAUCUGUGCCAAAGACACCCGAUUUGCGGUCAAGGAGGUGGACAUCGGGCUUGCGGCGGACAUUGGUACCCUCAGCCGACUGCCCAAGGUCGUAGGCAAUUACGGCUGGGUAAAGGAGGUCGCUCUGACUGCGCGCGAGUUCGGCGCCGUGGAGGCUCUACGUGUUGGAUUUGUGAAUGCCGUAUACGAUAAUCGUCAGGCCACCAUCACGGCCGCAUUCAAGAUGGCCUCUCUGAUGGCCAAGAAAAGCCCCGUGGCGGUGCAAGGCACCAAGGAGAUUUUGAACUACUCCCGCGACCACUCUGUGCAAGAUGGACUGCGCUAUACCAGCGUCUGGAAUAGUGCUGCUUUGCAGACACAGGAUGUAUCGGCAGCACUUUUAUCGGGGCUGCAGAAGAGGACUCCGACCUUUGAGAAGCUAUGA